AUGGCCCCGAAAUUCCAAAGGCUUGUGAGGUUCAAAGCCUCGGACGGUCAAAUCUAUUAUGGCGAAGCCGGUCAAGACUGGGAGUCUGACCUCAAGGGCAAAGAAGUCCAGAUCUUUUCGGGCGCUGAUCCGUUCGACAAUAGUUUCCAAGUCUCAGACAAGAAGGCUGUCAUUUCUGAGGUUCUGUGUCCUUUGGAAAAGGUCCCGAUCGUUCUAGGUAUUGGGCUGAAUUACAGGAAACAUGCCGAGGAAGCAGGGUUUCCGAUCCCGACCUUCCCAGUUGUUUUCACCAAAUAUCCAGAUACCUUAGCAGGACCCUUCGAAGAUAUCCCUAUUCAUCCGGAAGCAAAAGAGCUAGACUAUGAAGGCGAGCUCUCGGUGGUCAUCGGCAAGGAUGCAAAGAACAUCGCCGAGAACGAAGAUCCUCUGGAUUAUGUCCUAGGAUAUACCGUGGGUAAUGAUGUUUCGUCCCGUUAUUGGCAAGUCGCACCAAGAUCAGGAGGCCAGCACGGCCCUGCCAAAUCCUUCGACAAGUUCGCGCCAAUCGGCCCCGUCAUUGCUUCACCCGAGGCCGUCGUGAAUCCGGAGGCCCUCAAACUACGCACCUGGGUCAAUGGCGAACUGAGGCAAGAUGGGAAGACAGAUGAUUUGAUUUUUGGCAUCAGUGCAAUCCUUCGACAUGUUUCCAGAGGUAUGACUCUCCGAAAGGGGACGGUUAUAAUGACAGGUACUCCUAGUGGCGUGGCCGCUUUCAUGAAGCCAGCGGCAUGGCUGGGUAGUGGCGAUACGGUGACUAUAGAAAUCGAGCGCAUCGGGAAAAUCUCGAACAAAAUGGUCUUCGAAAGCUGA